AUGAGUGUCAGCACGAAACGCAUCAACGUGCCUCCCCAGCUUCUCCUGGACCCAGGAGACGACCAGACCCUGGGAGAUGAGGAGGAGCAGCCACGAAAGGUCCUAGACCUUAACGGAAACUUCUCGCUUGCUGAUGGCCUCAAAAACCUGCCGAAGACCUUCAUGCUCCAUCCGGACAGGGGCACAGACCUCUCGAGCGUGAUACUCGUCCAACCCGUGCCGGGAAUCGAGGCUGUGAAACGCACUCGCCAGAGGAUGGGCAGCGGAGAAGCUGGUAUCUGGACGGCGACUCACUUUCACCCUUGGUCAUCAGCCGGCUCUGCCCUUUCGCCAACACGAGCCAUCGCGGCCCCUCCCAAGGAUUUCUUCAAGUCUUUCCCCAUCAACACCUCAGUCAACGGCCUCUGCCGCUGGCGCUACUGCAUUCGCCGACGCUUUGCCCCCCAAGUAUGCGGCAUUAAAACCAUGUGCAUAUUUGCCGAUGGCGCUUGCCAGGAUGUUGGGAAGCCGUCUGCAAGAGGCGGCUGUGGCUUUGUCUACGGUGCAGGCAGCGCGAGCACCAUUUCGUUCCCACUGGAGAAACGCGGCCCGGACGGAAAGCACUACCCGCCCACCAGCAUCCGAGCUGAGCUUCGGGCGAUAAUCGGGGCUUUGGAAUUCCGGCCAUGGUGGGCAGAAGGUUGGGAGCGCGUCGUGUUAAUCAUUGACAAUGAGAUGCUUUCCUAUGGUGCCACGGGGUGGCUGCGCCAGUGGGCUGGGAAGGAGAAGUGGAAGACAGCAGAUGGGAGAGCCAGGCCGGACCGGGAUCUAUGGGAGAAGCUUUCGGCAUUGAUGGGGUCAUACGCGGAAAAGGCUUGCGAGAUAUCUUUCUUUCUGGUGUCGAGAGACAUGAACUGGGCAGCGGAUCGUGCUGCUUUAGCUGCUACUGAAAAAAGUGCCUAUAUCGACCAGUAUAGGCCUCAGUCUGAUAGGGCAGCUUCAUGGGUUUUCUCCUAA